CUCUCCCUCCCAUGUGUUUGGCGAGCUGGUGAGAGCACAAACCUUUCUGCAAUCUGUUUCUAAAUGCGCUCUGGGUCUAGCUCACAGGAGACAAGCAAAUCAUCAUUUUGAGGGAACCCGGAGAGCUUUCAUCUCUCCAAAACCCGCCAAUUCACCCACGAACUCCUGCAAUGUCGUGGAUCUAAGAUAAAUAACCGACAGCUUGUUCUCUCUCUGUUGUAGUGUUGAGCGGUACGAGCUACCCCGACACACGCAUACACACACAGCUCGGGCGUUCCCGCGACUCCUUUGCGGCCAACGGAAGGGUGUCAGGAGAGAGGUGAGGGAGAAAGGAGGAGGCGAAGGGGAGAGAGGAGGGGAGGAAACCCGACUGUUUUGAAGCUAUACGCCAGUAAACAUAGACUAUAAGCAUACACAGUGAAAGAAGAGGAAACCGUCACAGUGCUAUUUUAUUUCAGUGUGGAUGAAACUAGGAUGAGAGAGACGCCAAAGGAGAGAGACGCCAUCAGUGACAAGUUAAAGGACUCCGCUAUUGGGAUGGCUGAGGUUUCGCAGCAGGAGAGAAUUCAGGCCAUCGCUGAGAAGAGGAAGAGGCAGACAGAGAUCGAGAACAAGAGGAGACAGCUGGAAGAUGACAGAAGACAGCUUCAACACCUAAAGUCGAAGGCUCUGAGAGAGCGCUGGUUGUUGGAUGGGGCUCCAGAGGAAGAUGAGACUCAGAGACGACUUCAGGAGGACAAAGAGAGGACUAAGGCACUAGAGAAGAGCAUCCUCUGCCUGGAGCAGGAGAUAGAGGAGCUGGAGAAUCCGGUCGUGACCAAAGAGAACGGAGGAGCUGUAAAUGGAGUAUCACAGAACCAGAGUCCUAGAAGAGAACUAACAGGAGUAGAAGCUAAGCUGUUGGGUCCCAGUCCAGACCAGGCCAGCGCUGAGAACCCUGUUACCCUGGUCUUCAUGGGCUAUACAGCUCUGGAGGGUGAGACAGCAGGGGAGGUGGGGGGGGCAGGGGGGACAGAGGGUGGAGACGGCUCAGUCAAGGCGGAGUUUGUGAUGCUACCAGACGGGGAGGUGAAGGGGGUAAGAGAGGGGGAGACAGAGACCCAGGCAGCAGCCAAUGGGAGUACGGACUCACUAUGA